AUUCGAGGAGCAGUCGACUCAACGAGGCGGAAGCGACCAAACGGGUCUCGUUGUGGAGGGUGUGGGCAAUGAGUGGCCCUGAACGAUGGAACAUUCUAGUCGGGAGUUUGGCGGCGCUGGUUCAUGGCAGUUUGUACCCCGUGUGGGGAGUCAUUCUUACAAAGUGCAUCAUGGUGUUUUUCCAACUGGCAUCCGGUGGGGACGAGCUGCUUCGGCAGGCGCUGAAGUGGUCGAUGGCGUUUUUGAUCUUGGGCGCGACGACUUGUUUGGCCGCGAUCGUGCAACACCACCAGUUUGCCAUUGUCAGUGAACGCCUCACGACGUCCAUCCGUGGUUUGUGCUUUCGCUCGUUGUUGCAUCAAGAUUUGGCGUGGUUCGACGAACCGACCCACCCUGCCGGCGCGCUUGCCACUCGCCUCGCGACCGACUGCGCCGCGGUUCGCACCAUGACCGCUGAAACACUAAACGCUGUCUUGAUCAACAUCGCGACGUUGUCGAUUGCAUUAACGAUCGCGUUCAGCUACAGUUGGCGCAUGGCUCUUGUGUUUCUCGCCGUGAUUCCUGUCAUGGCCAUGGCGCAGGCAGUCGAGAUCAAGGUCCAGACUUCGCAAACCAAAAAACAAAUCAACAACGGCGACAUUCUGGCCGGGUCAUUACUCAGUGAAACUAUUCACGGCAUUCGCACGGUCGUCGCAUUCAAUCUCGAGCAGUCAACGAUGGCGACCUGCCUGGACUACUUUCAGCAGAGCGCCGCCGCGGAUCGCGUCGCUGGGGUCGUCAGCGGUUUCGCGUGUUCGCUCUCGAUGUCGUCCAUCCUCUAUGCGAUCUCGAUCGUGGUGUACGUGGGAGGGUGGCUGACUCAACGCGGCCUUUUGAACUUUGAAGGCAUGUUCAUGGUCUUGAAUGUACUCUUUCUGAGCUCCGUUGGAGUCGGGAUUGCAGCCGAGGGCAUGGGCGAUAUCAGGAAGGCGAAAGAAGCGGUCAAGAGCAUCUUUUCCAUCAUCGACCGCCAGCCUCCCAUCAACUGCGCGUCCAUCCAAGGCCUGCAACUCAAACAUGUCCAUGGGGAUCUGGAACUCCGGGGUCUGGAAUUCUCGUACCCGAGCCGCCCAGAUAGCAAGAUCUACUCCAACUACAACCUCAAGAUCAAGAGCGGACAAACCGUCGCGUUGGUCGGCGGCAGCGGCAGUGGCAAGAGCACAGCCAUCAACCUCAUCGAACGCUUCUACGACCCCACGGCCGGUUCAGUGUUUCUCGACGGCCACGACCUCAAGUCGCUCAACGUGCAGUCGCUGCGCCAGCACAUCUCGAUUGUGAGUCAGGAGCCGGUCCUGUUUGUCGGCACGAUCGGGGAGAACAUUGCGACGGGAAAGCCCGGCGCCACGCAGGAAGAGAUCGAAGAAGCCGCCAAGAAGGCCAACGCACACGACUUUAUCAUGCAGUUCCCAGACAAGUACAACACGGCCGUGGGGGACCGCGGCGUGCAAGUGUCUGGCGGCCAGAAGCAGCGCAUCGCGAUCGCCCGCGCCAUCAUCCGCGACCCUGCGAUUUUGUUGCUGGACGAAGCCACGAGUGCGCUGGACAACGAGAGCGAGCGCAUUGUGCAGGACUCGCUGGACCAGCUGCUCAAGCUCAAGCGUCGGACGACGAUCAUCGUGGCGCAUCGGCUGUCGACAGUGCGGAAUGCGGACGUGAUUGCAGUCGUGGACGGUGGUCGCGUGGCCGAGCAGGGCACGCACGAAGAGUUGAUUGGCAUCCCGAAUGGCAUUUACGCCAACUUGGUGUCGCGACAGAUGAGUUAG